AUGAAUAUAUUAGAAUUUAAUGAUAAAAUUAUUAGUGUUUUUAAUUCAUUAGAUGGAAGAGAUAAAGUAUUUAAAUUUAUACAAUACUUUAGUCAACUUUUACAUCAUUUUGUUGAUAAAAAAUAUAUAACCAGAUUAUUAAAUACAUUUAUCGAUAAAAGAAAAAAAAAAAGAAUUAAUAAUAAUGUCAAUAAUAAUAAUAAUAAAAGAAUAAUAAAAAUUUUAGAAACUAUUUUAUUUAAAUCAAACAAAUUUAAUGAUAAAUUAGUUAAAGAAAGAUUAAAAUCAUUAGAAUCAAGUUUUUGUGAUGCAAGAAUUGUGUUUAGAUUAUUUGGAUUCUUUAGAGAAUUUAAUAAUUUAGUAGAAUUUUUUCAAAAUUUAAUUGAAUCAUUGAAACAAUUUAAAGAUAAACAAAAUCAAGAGAUAAAAGAGAACCAAAAUUUAACUAGAAAACGUCAAAUUCUAAAUACACUUAAAUCAUUUACAAAUAUUAGUACAUCAUUUUUAAAUACACUAGAAUUAAUUGACCAUUCAUUUAAUUUUAUAUCAGAACUUAAUGAUAUAAUAUUUUGGGGUACAAGAAUUAAAAUCUUUCAAGUUACUGAUAAAUUUAUGGAUUUAGUUUGUAAAGUUUCAAAUUUCGUUUGGGUUUAUAGUUUAGUAGUUUUUAUAAUUAGAAUUAUUUAUGGUUUAAUUAAUACAAUAAUUCAAAUUUUAAAAUUAAAAAAUAAAAAUAAAAUAAAUAAAGAGAAACAACAAAAAAUUGAAGAAGAAGAAGAAGAUGAAGAAUAUAAGGAAAAUAAAGAAACAUUAAUAAUUUUAAGAAAUAAUAGAACAAAUGAAAUUAAAUCAUUGAUUAGUGCAAUCGCUGAAUUUGGUUUAUGUAUUUGUUCAAUAUAUGAAAUUGAAAAUGAUGGAUAUAUUGGUGGUUGUGGUGCACUUUCAGCUUUCAUAUCUUUACAAGAGAUUUGGGAUGAAAUUACUCAAGAAAAACAACAACAACAACAACAACAAAAUGAAAAUAAUUGUGAGGCUAAUAAUAAUAAUAAUAAUAAUAAUAAUAAUAAUAAUAAUAAUAAUAAUAAUAAUGAAGAAAAACAAAAAGAAAAGAAUCAAUCUGAACAAAUUCAAUUUGCAUUAAUUUGUCCACCUAUUAUUCAUUCAAGUCAUAAUUAA